AUGCGCAAGGACAAAGCAGGAAGUGAAUGUGUAAAAUAAUAAUAGUAAUAUCAUGCGACCAAGAGCGUAGAAGAGAGGUUAGACGCCUCUGAUCAGCGGUAGAAGAGACGCACAUUGACCACCGAGGGGAUUCAUCGAGCUGAUACGAAUGUCUCGAAAAACUAAAGAAGAGUAUUAUCGUUCCUUCACCGUGACAGAUCCACGCACACACGAAAAGGGACAUACGGAGUACAGAGUCACAGCAAGGUUUGUGUCAAAGAAGAGGCCUGAGGAUGUAAAGGAGGUGGUGGUGUGGCGGAGGUAUUCUGAGCUGAAGAAACUCCAUGGAGAGCUGUCGUACACUCACAGGAACCUCUUCCGACGGCAGGAAGAUUUCCCACCCUUCCCCCCUGCCCAGCUCUUUGGGCGUUUUGAUGAGGCAGUGAUCGAGGAGAGGAGGAAGGCAGCAGAAGCCAUGCUUCUCUUCACCACCAGCAUUCCAGCUCUGUACAACAGUCCUCAGCUGAAGGAAUUCUUUCGGGGUGGGGAAGUGAAGAGACCAUUAGAUCCUUCUCCCCUCUCCUCCUCCACCCCCCUGCCUCCUCCCCUCAUACCUUUACCCACAGGGACUUCAGAGUACGGAACAGAGGAAGAAGAAGGGAUAGAAGAGCCGGCCCUGCCUGAAGAAGCCAGGUCAGACCUGGGUGCUGUUCUAGGCGAGCCUGAGGCUGCAGUGGAGGCCUACAGUGAGAUGGAGAAUAGUCCCACACAGAUAACACCAACAGAGGUUGAACCAGAGCCACACACUAACACAGAGGAAGCAACUGCAGCAGCCAGACCAGGUUCCACAGAUAGCAGCUUGGGCAAGUCAGGGAAUCAGGAGGAAUUUGAUUCGCUGUUUGACUCUGUAGGGGAGGAACUGCAAGUCGAGGGUCCGCCUCCUCUUUCAGACACCGAUCUUGCCAUUUUCGAUCCCUGUGCCAAAGAAGACCAACCCAAUGCAUCACAUGACCACUCAGAGCUCCUGUCACUCCCAUUGGCCGGUCCCAAUGGCACUUCGGGGUCUGUCGGGGAGGCGGGAUAUCUGACACAGGCAGCCAACGAAUUGAACGCCGCAAUGGAAAAGGAGAAGGAGGGGGAAUACAGUGCAGCCAUUCUCAUAUACAAGACCGCUGUGGAUAUACUGAUCAAAGGAGCUCAGGGAGACCCUGAUGCUCAGCGCAGAGAGUCGGUGAAAAGGAAGACGGCUCAGUACCUCAAACACGCCGAGAUGCUGCUGUCCCUGCAGACUCCCACUCCCACGCAGGACCAGGACCGCUCCUGAAACACUCCAGCAGUCACGCGCACUCCCAACGGCAAAAUUUAACUACUCUCGUUUGGAUUCAGACACCUACUCAGUGACACUUGUAUAUGAACACGCACGCACGCACACACAUAUGCGUGUGCACACACACAUACACACUCACUCACACGCACACGCACCCAUACACAGACAGACACACACACACACACAUAUGCGUGUGCACACACACAUACACACUCACUCACACGCACACACGCGUGCGCGCCCAUACACAGACACACACACACACGCAUGCGCGCGCACACACACAUACAGAGUCCACAGUCCAGCUUGCUCAAAGCACAAUGAAACAGUAAUCUUACUAAAUUUAUUAAAGAUUAUAAUAAAACUAAAAUGAAGUGCAACGAACUGAAUCUGAUAAGCCUUAAUGAUGACAAGUUCAACUUAAUUUAUUUUUCCGUAGUCAUUAUAUUCUAUGUCAAUGUUUUAAUGAAAAUAUUUUGUAUUUUGUAUGCUGAUUCAAGGGCAGUUGUUUUCCUUUUUAGCAACGAAACGUUAAAUUUCUUAAAUGACGUUGUUUAUUACACUGAUUGUAAUAUCAAAAACUGUCUGCUAGGUGUCACUGUGGGGAGAUUAUGUCCUCCGAACAAGACAUCCACAAUGGUUAAAUCUCUCUCAAUACGAGACACACAGAGGAAUUUGCUCUUAGACACCUAGCCCCUUUCCUGGACCAGAAAGAGGGUGGGAGGGAAAAUAGAUAACAAAAUCGGAUGAGGAAAAGGCUGAGGUGAUUAAGGGAUAAGCUUGGAUGAUCUCUAUCCUACCCAACAGGAAAAAAUGCCUCUUUUCUCUUGCCUCUCGGCAUAUUUUUCUCUCGCUCUUUGUGUGUCUGUCCCUGGGCUGUUAUUUUGGGAGACUGGAGAGGGAGUGGGGACAGGAACUGUGAGGGCGAGAAAAAACAGAAAUGCGGCGGAAAAAGAGGGAGAGGUGGAGAGUGUCAGUGCAUUAACAUGCAGCACAUGUCCGUAUUCUCUCUCUGGCACCUCUCCCUCCCUCUCUCUUUCUCUCCACUGUCCAGGACAAUUAUGCCAUCAACACACUCCAGUCAGAGAGAGGAUAAUUGCAAACUGAGAGUGUCUGUGCGUGAAUAUAAAUGUAUAUAUAACCUGUAUGUGCCUCUGUGUCAGCAGAGUGUGUGUGAGUGUGUGAAUAUAAUGUAUAUAAACUCUUUAAGUCCCUCUGUUCUGUUCUGUGUGUGUGUGUAUGUGCGCGUGUGGACGUGUGUGUGUAUGUGUGUGUGUCUGUGGCGCCUAUGCUUUUUGUGAGUAAGGGCCAAUUGGGUCACAGUGUAGAGAAGCUGUUUGCUCUAUUAAUGGGGCUCUGAGCUACUUUGUAAUAAACUGAUGUAGACAUGUAUACUGCUAGAUGUGCAGUUGUUCUACACUGGCACUUACAUGCUGCUAGGAACUAACGACGCUGGUAUUUUUAUAGGACACAAACACACAUUGUUGGAAAUAAAUGGGGAAUGCACACA